UACAGGGGAGUGCAGAUGCUGACAGGCCCUUCUGUGUUAACAGGGUUUCAAAGUGGAACAAUAGGACAGGUCGAUGUCCCCAUCCCAUGUCUGCACAGCAAGGCUGAAUUAGAAAAACCCUGUGUAUAGCUGCCCUGAAGCUGCAGUCCCACUAACCAGCACCAACCAGGGUUCCCCACUUGGAGCUGAAGGAAAAUCUCCUAGAAAAUCUAAAGCUCUCAGAGUGUUACAGGUGUAGGGUCUGUGGGAAAAGGCUUUGAUAUUGCUGGAAGAAGUUUCUCCUAACAUGUCAAUGACUUUUUUACAUGAACAUCUCCCAAUGGCCAGAGACAGUAAAUGUCCAACAGCAGCUCCAUCAGCCACUUCCUCCUGCUGGCAUUGGCAGACACGCGGCAGCUGCAGCUCCUGCACUUCUGCCUCUUGCUGGGCAUCUCCCUGGCUGCCCUCCUGGGCAACGGCCUCAUCAUCAGCGCCGUAGCCUGCGGCCAGCACCUGCACACGCCCAUGUUCUUCUUCCUGCUCAACCUGGCCCUCAGCGACCUGGGCUCCAUCUGCACCACUGUCCCCAAAGCCAUGCACAAUUCCCUCUGGCACACCACCACCAUCUCCUACAAAGGAUGUGCUGCACAGCUGUUUCUGUUUGCCUUUUUCAUUUCAGCAGAAGUUUCCCUCCUGACCAUCAUGAGCUACGACCGCUACAUGUCCAUCUGCAAACCCCUGCACUACGGGACCCUCCUGGGCAGCAGAGCUUGUGCCCACAUGGCAGCAGCUGCCUGGGCCAGUGCCUUUCUCCAUGCUCUGCUGCACACAGCCAAUACAUUUUCCCUGCCCCUGUGCCAUGGCAAUGCCCUGGGCCAGUUCUUCUGUGAAAUCCCACAUAUCCUCAAGCUCUCCUGCUCCAAAUUCUACCUCAGGGAAGUUGGGUUCCUUGCUGUUAGUGCCUGUUUAGCUUUUGGUUGUUUUGUGUUCAUUGUUUUCUCCUAUGUGCAGAUCUUCAGGGCUGUGCUGAGGAUCCCCUCUGAGCAGGGCCGGCACAAAGCCUUUUCCACCUGCCUCCCUCACCUGGCUGUGGUCUCCCUGUUCCUCAGCACUAUCAUGUUUGCUCACCUGAAGCCCCCCUCGAUCUCCUCCCCAUCCCUGGAUCUGGCCCUGUCAGUUCUGUAUGCGGUGGUGGCUCCAGCCCUGAACCCCCUCAUUUACAGCCUUAGGAACCAGGAGCUCAAGGCUGCAGUGAGGAAACUGAUGACUGGAUGA